AUGAGGGUCCUGCUCGCGCUUUUGCUUCCGGUUUUGGGCCUGGCCCAGCAAUGCACCAUUGGCCAGGGUUCAAAUGGGACGUGCGCCAACCACAUUGCCGUCAUCAUCGACAGCUCCUCGUAUUUGGGCACCUCGGAUCGGGCUGAUCAGCUAGCCCAAUUCAUCAACACGUAUCUCUCGCAGUACGACCUCACCGCCGGCCAAACGCUAAUUACCAUGGGAUUCUACGGAAUGGGUGACCCGUCGGUGUCAUGGUCCCCAAUCUUCCUCUUCUUCGGCCAGAGCGACAUCAGCAUGAUCUGCAACGAUUGGCAGACGCUGUUCGCCGCCGAGCAGAGCAACAAUAUGGGAAUGUGCACCAUUGCCACUGCCCUCGCCUCCCUCUAUAACACGACCCGCGACGAGGACUGGAACUACGAUCAGAUUGUCUGGCUGACGGCUUCAAACGAUACCACCGACAUCCAGACGGCCUCCGCCAUGUUGCCCGCCUUCCCGAACACCAACUUCACGGUUGUGUCGAUUGGAGGCGGAGAUUUUUCGUCGUGGACCGGGGCGCGGGUGCUCUGCCAGAACUUGCCGUUCCCCAUGGGCUUCGAGUCGAAGAUUGCCGCCCAGGCGUGCAGGAGUGCUUCAGGCAACAACCAAUGCAAUCACGCCGGCACGACCGCGAUGCCAACCACGCCGCGCCCCACCGGAACGGCGCCGACACCCACUUCGCAGUGCCCGUGUGAUAUCACAAAGAGCUGGAACGACGUGAUGGUGGUGUAUGACGGCUCGAACGUGUUGACCGAUGUGAAAUUCCAGACGAUGGUCGUUCUCCUCCAAUCGAUCAUCAGCCGGCUGCCCAUCUCCCAGGCGAUCGGCCAGAACAGCCGCGUCGGAGUGAUCAGCUACGCCAAGAAUGUAAGACUCAUCGCCAACCUGACCAAGUAUAACAGCCCCGUCGACGCGAUCAUGGACGACUGGACCCGGGACAACGUCGAGCAGACGAAUAUCAAGGCCGCUAUCGACCUGGCCCGCGACACGUUCAACAACCCCAAGCAGCACAGACAGAACGCGCGGAAGGUGAUCAUCCUCGCCGCCAGCACGUACAGGGAGGGCACCGACAUGCCCCUCAGCUCUGCCAGCACGUUCAAGGACAACGGAGGAGUGAUCAUUGUCAUCGGCUACGGUGACCUGAAGGGCGAGGCCUCGCAGGUGCUGCGCCAAAUCGCCUCCACCGGCUACUUCAUCGACGCCACCAGCAAGCAGCCCGAUUUUAACCAGAUGAACAGUCUGUUCUGCAAGGCAAACUGCUUCUGCCCAACGCCGUACUCGCCCGUCUCGUCGGCCGCCACCGGCGAGCCGACCGAGGGAUGCCAAUAUGUGAGUAAAAUCAGAAAGCUAAAACUCGAUCCAAUCACCAAAGUAUUUAUUCGAUUUAACGGAAAUGUAUUUCUCGAUCGACGUCGU